AUGGAAAUGACAUACAUCAGCUCUGGCUCGUAUGUUGAAUGCAGAGAUUUGAUUGCACCGUAUCAAACGCAUUACUGCUAUGCUAGCGUCGGUCUGGGAAAUAUGACAAAAAACCCCUUUGGUGAUGGAAACCCCUUUCUCAGUGCGUUGAGAAUGAAAGUAGCCGUCUGUAUGCCAAGGAGUUGCACUGAAAAGGACAUUCCUCUUCUGCUGGGAACUGUCAUAAAUGAACAGUAUGUGCCAGUGGAAUUCCCUUCAGCUACAUGUGUUCCAUCGAACGUCAAACCGACUACUGCUUUUUGGAUUUUUAUGAGCUUCAUGGCAUUCUUUGUUGUCUGGGCUAUUCUCGCGAGCAUCGCUGACUACUUCUUGGACACGCAUUAUCAAUCUACGGAUAUACGGAACAUUACAGUGAUUCGCUUUUUCCUCACCUUUUCCUUCUACACCAACGCACCUUUGCUUCUGGAUACGAGAGCGCCAAAAGAAGGAACUCUACGUUCAUUGGCUUCAAUCCGUUUCAUCUCCAUGACAUGGGUGGCUGCAGGUCAUGCUCUUGGACAAAAUGCUAUGAGCGACAAUCUACUGCCGGUGUUUUCUCUGUGGAAUCCGCUGCUUUCCACUGCCUUCACAAAUGCAUUUCUAUCCGUCGACACUUUCUUUCUGCUCUCUGGAAUCCUCGUCGCCUACUUGUUCUUCAAAAACAGACCGUCGCCAAGAUUCGUGCGGAACCCGUUCACCUGGGUUAUGUUUUAUGUCCACCGUUAUCUGAGGCUUACACCUCCCAUGAUGAUUUUCAUUGGAUUGUUUACUGUGAUUCUUCCAUUUACGAAUGGACCAUGGAUGGCGUCCAACAUAGGAACUAAUAUGGGCACUGGUACACAAGCUUGUGAAAAGUACUGGUGGCGAAACAUGCUGUACAUUAACAACCUCUUCGGGAUGGAAAAUGAAUGCUAUGGAAUCUCGUGGUAUCUCGCCGUAGAUACUCAGCUCUACGUUGUCGCUCCACUCUUCCUAAUCACUCUCUACAUCUCACCUUUCAUAGGGGUCUUGGUGCUCGUUUUAUGUUGCGCCGCAAGUGUGGCCUACACCUACUUCAUCACUUUCCGUGACGAUCUGCCAGCCUUGACCAUGGGAGCAUUCGCAUUCUCGAAAACUGCCGAAUUCUUCGAUGUGUUCUACGAAAAACCAUGGACUCGGUGCCCACCUUACCUCAUUGGCCUGGGUGUCGGUUACCUCCUUGCUCAGAUGAAGAACAGGAAGCCGAAGCUUCAUUGGGUAAUGAUUGUGGCCGCAUGGACGAUUUCUAUUUGCAUUGGCUUGCUAUCAGUCUACGGACCGCACGAUUACAUCAAAGGAGAUUACAACUGGAGUAAAUUCGUGCGUGCCACGUACAACAACUUCUCACGAAUUGGAUGGUCGCUGGCCGUAUCGUGGGUGAUUGUGGCGAAUCAUCUCGGAUGGGGAGGUCCGAUCGCCGCUUUCAUGGAUCAUCCAUUGUGGCAACCCCUUGGACGACUGUCAUAUUGCGCCUAUAUUGUUCAUUUCUACAUGAUUCAAUACGUGUUCAAUCUAGACGACCGGCCAACGCAUUACGUCUCCAUAUGGGAAUCGUACGUUUAUCGAGCAAUGCCAAUCAUUGUACUCUCGUAUAUGUUGGCGUUCGUCUGGAGCUGUUUGUUUGAAGUACCGACCACUAAGCUUGAGAAGAUGCUUUUUGAAAGUCUGACUCCCAAGAGGAAAACGAAUCCCGUCGCUGAUCGACCGGUGACCAAUGAAGCAGUGAUAAAUUCCAAGUUUAUCCCUUCAAACAUGGAUAACGGCGUAUACAUGACAAAAAGCGGACCUCUUAGAUUGUAG